CCAAAGUGAGAAACUCUUUCUUCUUGGUCAAAAUACUGUAGCCAGUCACACUCGCUCUGCUCCACUCCGCUCCACUCCACACUUGGUGUCCGCCAUUACCGUACUCGACUCCAUGACCCUCUUAUCCUUCACCCCCUCUCGCCACCUUAACCUCAACCCCACUACCACUUUCGUCUCUAUCGUACGCCGUCCCCCUCUCAACCCAGUUCCCUCCUCCCUCUUCUUCUGCCCCACCUCCCCUCCACUUCCGCUCCACAUCCUCUACCGCCCCCCACGCCCCUCCCUUUCCCUCGUCUCCGCUCCACGCGCCGCCUCCUCCGCCGGGUACCUCUUGCAUGAUGCAGGAGCCACCGCCCUCGUACUCGCCGGCGCCUACACUCUCGUCCUCUGCUUCGAUAAUCUCACCAAGCGAAACCUCCUCCAACAGAGUUUGAGCAGAAAAUUGGUCCACAUAUCAUCUGGCCUGCUCUUCGUGCUUUCCUGGCCAAUUUUCAGCACGUCAACCGAAGCUCGCUACUUUGCCUCUGUGGUACCCCUCUUUAAUGGGUUGAGGCUUCUUCUUAGUGGCCUCUCCUUGGUCCCCAAUGAAGGGCUAGUCAAAUCUGUCACUCGUGAAGGAAACCCAAAGGAGUUGCUUAGGGGACCCUUGUAUUAUGUUCUUAUACUGAUCCUAUCCGCUCUAGUGUUUUGGCGCGAGUCUCCGGUUGGAGUGAUCUCCUUAGCAAUGAUGUGUGGUGGUGAUGGUGUUGCUGAUAUCAUGGGUAGAAGAUUUGGGUCCAUAAAGAUCCCCUAUAAUCAAAAGAAGAGUUGGGCUGGGAGCAUUUCCAUGUUUGUUUUUGGGUUCUUGGUUUCCCUUGGGAUGCUCUACUAUUACUCAAUUUUGGGAUAUUUCAAUUUGGAUUGGAUGGAUACGGUGCAAAAGGUUGCUUUCGUUUCUUUGGUGGCUACAGCAGUAGAAUCCCUUCCGAUUACAGAGAUAGUGGAUGACAAUAUAUCUGUUCCAUUAGCAAGUAUGGCAGCCGCAUAUUUCAGUUUUUCUUUGUAGCUUGUCAUACUCCAAAUUUUAUCCCCAACUCAUUAUAUUCUAUUUGAGUUUCAAGAGCAUUUUUGUCCUCAAUUUAA